UGACAGUAGAACCUAGGGUCAGGUGCUACGCUGGCGGUUUCUCAACCUGUUCACUAGGUAUUUUACAGGCAAGACCUCACUCUUUGUUUUCACGCCAAUGGCACAUGUUUUCACGCCAAUGAGGCGCUUUUUGGCUGUCCUAGGUGUGGCUGUGAGGCGCUGAUUGGGGAGAGAUCUCAGCAGAAAGGCCACCAUGUUGACAGAUUGGAACCAGGAAGAGAGCGGCCCUGCAGAGGAGCCACUCGAGGAUGCAUUCGAAGCAGCAAUUGAUGAGGGUGACGAGGAUGCAAAUGUCCCCGCUUCCCGCCCUCCCUCCUUUCCAAUCGUGGACCCCAUCUUUCGAGUCGAUGCGCUCGAGCGGAAUGCCGCCAGGGGCCAUGGAGAGGUGACGUCAGCGGCGGCCGCCAAUAAUGUCAUCCUGGUUGGGACCAGCAAAGGGUGGCUGAUCCGCCAUGACUUUGGCGGAGAAGAAGCUCUAGAAAUUGACCUGAACACGACCCGCCAAAACGACCAAACCAUUUCAAAGGUGUUCCUCGACAAUGGCGGGCGGCACGCGCUUGUCUCGCUUAAGAGCACGACCGGCUUUCCAGCGGAGACGCUUUACAUGCACGCGAGGUGGAAGAAAGCGCGGCCGCUGGCCAAGCUCAAGGGAAUCCUGGUGACAGCGGUCGCUUGGAACAAAUUGCAGAGCAAUGACGGUAACACCCGCGAGUUCCUCAUCGGCACCAGCAACGGCCAGAUCCACGAGGCCCUCAUUGAGGAGAAGGACAAGCGCGAGAAGUAUGUCAAGCUGCUGUACGAGCUGCAAGAGAGCCAGGAACCCAUCUGCGCCAUCCAAAUGGAGGUCAUGACGACUUCCAGCGGUCCCCGCUACUUCAUAAUGGCAGUCACGGCGACCCGUCUCUACACCUUCGCGGGCGCCGGAAGCCUGGAGGCCACGUUUGCGGCGGCCAAGGAGCGCACUCUGCGCUUCACGGAGCUCCCCGGACAGUUGCCGUCCAGCGAGCUCCACUUUUUCGGACAGAAGCGGACGGAGCGCUUCGCGUGGAUGGCCGGGCCCGGGAUCUACCACGGCCAGAUCAACCUGGGCGCGCAACACAGUAACAACGAAGAGAACUAUGUCGACAACAAGUGGCUGCUGGAAUACUCGAAGCUUUCCAGCAAGAGCGGCGACUCGUCAGUACCGGUGUCCCUGGCGGUGACCGAGUUCCAUUACCUGCUGCUCUUCAAAGACACGCUCAAGGUGGUCAACCGGGUCAGUCAGCAGGUGGUGGAGGAAGACCCCCUCGGGGCGCGGGACGAGAUCGGGCCACGUGGCAUGCUGGGAAUGUGCCACGACAACGCCGAGGACGUCAUAUACUGCUACAGCGACAGCACCGUCUCGGAGGUGACGGCAACGGAUGAGGGGAAAGACAUGUGGCGGCUGCAUCUAGAGCGGGGAGAAUACGCGUCGGCUCUGAGCCACGCUCGGGACGGUCUCCAACGGGACAAGAUAUACGCAGCGCAAGCGGAAGUGGCGUUCACAGCGGGGGACUACGCUCGAGCGGCAACUUUUUAUGCAAAGGUCCAAAAUAUGACGACCUUCGAGGAGGUGGCCCUCAAGUUCGUGAACGGGGGCGAGCAGGACGCGCUGCGGACGUUCCUGCUGCACAAGCUGGACCACCUCGGCAAGGACGAGCGCGCGCAGAUCACCAUGGUCGCCACGUGGUGCACCGAGCUGUACCUCGACAAGAUCAACCGGCUGCUUUUGGACGGCCAGGAUGGCGCCCGCCCCCCAUCCGACGGCCCCGGCGAGUACCAGCACACGGUGCAGGAGUUCCGCGCGUUCCUCAGCGAUUGCAAGGGCGUUUUGGACGAGGCCACGACCGUGAAACUGCUCGGGAGUUACGGCCGGGAGGAGGAACUGGUGCUGUUUGCGACGCUGAAAGACCAUCACGAGGUCGCGAUCCAGCAUCAUAUACAAAAAGGGGACGCCAAGAAAGCGAUUAUGGUGCUGCGGAAGCCGAGCGUUUCGCCUGAGCUGUGGUAUAACUUCGCUCCAGCGCUCAUUGCGCUGGACCCGGCUCUCACGACCGAGGCCUGGAUGGCGGCGGGGGCCAACUUGAACCCGCGGCGCCUUAUUGCCGCUCUCAUGCGCUACACAAGCGGAACCCACGUGGAGGGCGACAACUUCGCAAUCCAGUACCUGGAGUUUUGCGUCCGGCGGUUGCAGAACCAAGACCCCGCCAUACACAACCUUCUGCUCUCCCUCUACGCCAAACGGCCCGAAGAGGCCCCCCUCCUUCAGUUUCUCGCGUCCAAGUUCGGCGGCGGUCAGCCGGGCGGCGCCGAUGUGUUCUACGACCCCAAGUUCGCUCUUCGGCUGUGCCUGGACGAGCGGAAGAUCCGGUCGUGCGUCUUCAUCUACGGCCUCAUGGAGAUGCACGAGGAAGCGGUGGCGCUAGCCCUCCAGGUUGAUUUGGAGCUGGCCAAAGCGGAGGCCGACAAGGUGGAGGACGAUGAGCCACUGCGGAAGAAGCUCUGGCUGCGGAUAGCCAAGCACGUCAUCGAACAGGAGCGAGCGGAAAACGGCGCCGAAGGCGAGAACAUCCGCAAAGCCAUCGCGUUCCUUAAGGAGACCGACGGUCUCCUCAAGAUCGAGGACAUCUUGCCGUUCUUCCCGGAUUUUGCGCUGAUCGACGACUUCAAAGAGGCGAUCUGCGCGUCGUUGGAAGAGUACAACCGUCAGAUCGAGGAUUUAAAAGCGGAGAUGAACGAGGCGACGCGGGGGGCGGACAACAUCCGGCGGGACAUAGCGGCGCUCGCGCAGCGGUACGCCGUGGUCAACCGUGACGAACCGUGCGGCAUCUGCGGGAAGCCCAUCCUUGGCGUUUUCGCUCCGGGGGGGUCACGUGCCCCCUCUCGGGAGGCUGCAGCGGCGGCCCCCUUUUACGUCUUCCCCUGCGAACACGCGUUCCAUGCGGACUGCCUGACGCAACACGUCAUGGAGAACGCCCGGAGCGGCCAGAGGGACCACAUAGUCGCCCUCCGGCGGCAGCUCGCUUCCCUUGCCGCCCAGUCGGAAGGAAUUCGUUCCGGUCCUGCCUCGCCGGACAAGAACGGCGCCGCUGACGUCAGCAGCAGCAGCGACCAGCAGCCGUCGAUCGAGAAAGUGCGGACGGCUCUUGAUGACGCGGUCGCGGGGGAGUGCCCGUUUUGCGGGGAGCUUAUGGUGCAGGCGAUUAGUGAGCCGUUCGUGGGGGAGGACGAGUAUGAGCUCGCGCGGUCAUGGGAGAUUCGGAGAGAUCCGUAUGCACGCAGCACUGGUUUUGUGACUUGAGUUCUAUAAUUCGGUUAGAGGUGACUCCCGUUUCGACACUGCCAUAAACACUCCAUGCUUUGGGCAUGGCGCCAGUGCUUAUCGCUAAGGAUGAGAUUUCUAGGUAAACUUGUGGGACACUUUCGGCACCAGUCGGCCGAUGGAUAAAGUGGCUAGCAGCCGCGAAUCUUCCAAUCGACUGCAAAUCAGCAGAAGCGGAGACUGCAUGGUAUAGAUGCAUUUAGCAACCGCUGCGCGAUAGUGGAU